AUGUAUAAUACGCCACCGCUGUCACCACCACUGAGUCCAUCGAAGCAUAUAAAGCAGCCGCAAUCGACACAGUCGUCUAGAACUAACAGCCAGAAGAAACCAAAGAUGAAGCGGAUACUCAUAGCGCUAUUAUUGACACUUGUUCUGGUUAUAGUCUGGAAGAUAUCUUUGCAGCUGCUUAGAAGGCCUACGCUGGAGAUAGUAUACGCGUACUACAACGAGGAUAUCGACAAGUUUAGCGGCUUUGCUAAUCUUAUCAGACAGCGCCUGCACUGGAGGUUCAAGCUGUCUGAUACUGUCUACGUGAAGCAGGAACCGAGUGAUGAGCUAAGCAAGAAGCUUGGCAAGAUAGUUGAUAACGUAGUCUACCUCCCAAAUGUCGGAAGAGAGGGUGGCACAUACCUCCACCAUAUAAUACAGCGCUACAAAGCAACUAUCUUCCCCGACAAUCUCAACACUUCACAAGAUCUCGUCCUUGCAGACAAAACACUGUUUCUGCAGCCACACCCAGCCUGGUAUUGGAUUAUGUACGACAGACUCAACUUCAUUCUCCCGUCAUCUGCAUUUCUCAGUCUAGGUCCUUACGUCAGAGGCAACUGCGGCGUAACUGAAGGACAUACCCUGCCGCAAAUGAAAAGUAUCUAUCAGCUGUUUACAGGCACGGAGUGUCCAGAUGAUCAGGACCAGUUGGUCACAUGGGCUGGUCAGUUUCUCGUGUCGCAGGAUAGGAUACUCAACAAUCCACUUGGGAGGUAUGUUGAGAUGCUCAACCUGAUCGAGGCUCCAUCCGGUGAUGCUAUACAUGACGAGACGCAAUGGUGGUUUGCGAACAAGAACGACCCCAGCAAUCCAUUCAUCGGCCACUCGCUCGAAAGGUCCUGGCCUGUGAUAUUUGACUGCAAUCAACCAUCUUUCAUCAACGAACAUGCUUGUGGCGGUCAACAUAAGGCUGGCAGUAAGCACUGUCUAGCACCAUUCGCCAUAUGCUUCGUGGGGUGUUACGGCGUUUCGAAGCUAUCGGAUGUAGUGUCACGUCGCUAUUCCAAGGUUUAUAGGCAGCUGAGCAGCACAGACAAGCUGGAUUGGAAUGCACACAGUGUAUCGCUAGUGCAUUCACUCCUUACAGCGCCCGCAUCGCUCUACGUGUUGCGCGCCUCACCGCUAGCGCUCAGUCGCAAUAUACACGGAUACGACAGGCUGAUAGGAAGUUUGCACGCCUUCUCACUGGGCUAUUUCGCCUGGGAUGUGCUGUAUGAAUUGUAUACCCGCUCUGCCGUCUUUGUCGCGCAUGGCGCGUUCAGCGGGUUAGCUUAUCUGUACAGCUUCACCCCAAUGUUCAUGAAUCUUGGACCGGCGUUUCUGCUGUGGGAGGCGAGCACACCGUUUGUGAAUCUCAAUUGGUUCCUCGAUCGCACUCAUAAAAGAACCUCUAUGUGGUACGUGGCUAAUGGUAUCGCUCUCACUGCUUCCUUCUUCCUCGCGCGCAUCGCCUUCGGUGGCUAUAUGAGCGCUGUCUUCUUCGAAAGCAUCAGGGAAAACUACGACAGCCUGCCUGGACAUAUAGUUGGAUUGUAUGUCGUAGGCAAUAUCACACUCAAUACCCUCAACCUCCACUGGUUCUAUAGAAUCUGUCGUAAGAUUAGACGUAUGUUGUAG